AUGGAUUAUGUUAAUGAGCCAUCUGAGUCUCAUGCGCAAACUGCUUCCUUUUGGGAGCUAGCAAAAUUAGAAAUUGACGAAAUGAAGCAGGAUCACAAUGCAUUCAAGACACAGGAUUUGCCUCUGGCAAGAAUUAAGAAGAUUAUGAAGCUUGAUGAUGACGUUAAAGCAAUGAUGAUAAGUGCAGAAGCGCCUAUUCUUUUCGCUAAAGCAGCUGAACUCUUUAUAAGGGAGCUCACACUUCGAGCCUGGCUACAUACCGAACGUAAUCGUCGUCGCACUUUGCAGCGCAAUGAUGUAGCAAUGGCGGUUUCCGACAGUGAUACGGACCAGUUUGACUUUCUAAUUGAUAUUGUACCGAGAGAAGAGGCUCGUGGUCACAGACGCUCAACAUCUACUCAGCAAAGCGUAACUACUGUUUCGCCUAACAAUUCUGCGGCUGCAGCGACGGCAACUAUAAUCAACAAUGUACCUUCGCUAAACACAGGGCAAAAACUGGACUACAAAACGGUGACUAUUCCUGCUACUAAUGGUGUUUCCGCCACAGCAGAUGGCAUCGUUGUCUCUCCCACACCCUCAGCCACAGCGGCUGCGAUGCAGCAAUCUGCUGCCGCGGUAAUAGGCCAAGCAAACAAUCCAUUGCACUCCGCCGCUGGUACUAUAGCUACUGGUCCAAUUCAAUAUGUACUACAAUUACCUGCGAGUGCUGCUGCCGCGGCUCCUGGCCAAUCUUUUCAGCUGCAAGUACUCCCACAACAAUUUCAGGUAUGA